UCAGAUUUGACAUUUCUUUUUGAUUUUUCUAUUAUGGAGUUUCCUUCUCGACAAAAUAAAAACAAAACUUCGUAUUGUGUGUUCGGAUGCAGUAGCAAGUCUUGUCGGGAUGACACAGUUCGAUUUUAUAGUUUUCCUACAGCUAAUAGCAGUUUUGUUACUAUAAAAAAUAAGUUUGGCGAAGACGAAGUGAUAGACCGCCGAUUAGCCUGGAUAAAACAGUUAAAGAUAGGAAAUGAAGUCACUCAAUCUAAACGCGUGUGCUCAUUACAUUUCACCAAAGAUGAUUUUUUACCAUCAGGUAAUCCUAAUCGACAACGUAUUCACUUGAAGAAAGUUAAUGUUCCUUCAUGUAAUCUGCCUGAAACGUCAUUGUCAUCAUUUAACCAGCCAAACUUGAGUCAAAUUCACAGCAGAGAAGAAAGACGACGGAGAAGAUCUUUCCAAAAACAAUCUUCUGCCAUUAUGAGUAGAUCUGAAACAGCUGUUAUAUGUAAUGAUAAUGACAAGGUAGAAAAUGAAGAUGAAUCUCGUGCUGAAUUUGCUGCUGAGGACUUAUCUUCUGUGGAAGUUUCUGGUGAAUAUGAAAUGAAAAUAAGCAACAAAAAUAUCACUUAUGCAGUCAAAGAUUUUCAAGAUGUUGCUGUCCAAGUAGAAAGUGAUUUUUUAACUCCAAAAUUUUUAAGUUUCAUCAAAAAUGAUCAAAAGCUCAGUACAUUGACCGGCUUAUCAAAUUUCAAUUUACUGAACACAAUCGAAAAAUUGGUGAUCCAAGUUCAAUCGACUUAUAAUAUGUCUCAUACCUCAAUUAAAUUUGAUUUACGAGAAUUAAUAUUUUCUAAGUCAGAAGCUAAUAUGAAUCGGUACGUCGCUAAAGCUCGUGUUCAUGUAGAACGAAGUAAUCAACGUUUAAAAGCUUUUGAGACUAAUGAAGUUACAGCUUUAAUGAUUCAGGACAAUUUUAUAGAU